AUGGACAAGCCGUCCUCUCCCGCCGUCGCCUCGCUGGCCCCGCCGGCCGUCUCGUCGCUGCGAGCCCAGCAGGCCACGGCCAUGGAACGGUCCAUCAGCCAGGACAUCCGGGAAGAGCGUGAGGAACUGCGUGAGGCCGCCGAGCAGACGCUGAAUGCGAUUGCCUACCUCAACCUCGACGGCACCAUCAAGUGGGUGAGCCCUUCGUGGACCGAUGUCGUGGGCACGCCGUCCGAGUCCGUUGAGGGCGUCCCCAUAUCCGAUCUGAUAGUCGGCGAGAAUAAGAACAUCUUUACCGAUGUGGUCGAGUCGAUGAAGCGGGACGACUCCAAGAGCCACAGGGUCCGCUUCUCCGUCGCCUUGGGCCCUCUGUCCAAGCUGCGCUCGUUGGAGAGUCUUCAGCCUCUCGAUCCAUCUCAGCCCUUACCGACGGAGGUGGCCGACCUUGAGGCACAGGGUAUCAUGGUGUAUGACAGUGCGUCGGGCGGUGAAAGUCAUACAAUGUGGAUGAUUCGUCCAUGGAUACCCCACGAAGUGCAAAUCGAUCUUCCCGCUGUGAUUGUCGACUCUUUGGGAUCGGGAGCCGAAAUCCUCGCCGGAAUACUCACCCGCAUAGCUGAAGCUGCAGGCGAAGACGGACAAGAACCAGAGCUUCCGCCGCCGGUCCUCUGUCGCAUCUGUGAGCGUCAAAUACCUCCCUGGUGGUUCGAAAAGCACACAGACCUCUGUCUUCAAGAACACCAUGCCGAAAUGGAAGUGCAAAUGGCCCAGGAGAACCUGAGUGAACAUAGAAACCACAUCGUCAAGGUCCUCGACGCUUUGGAAUCACGCAAGAGCCGAUCGUUGAGUGGCGGUGACUCGCCCAAUCUCCCGGUGGCUGAAUACAAGGGGCAGCCGAUUGGGCCUCCUCCCUCAGCACAGUCGUCCCCGGGGACUUCGCUCGCCCGCUCGCGCGAAAGGCCCGGCAGUUUUGGACACUCCAGAGCCCGGUCCUUCGCCAUCCGCCGGCCACAGGCACGCAUCGUCGAGCUCCUGCUCGAUCUAUGCGACACCGCCAUCGAAAUCAGCUGCCCGGGCAUCAAGGAGAGCUCUUCCCAGCAGGGCAACUGGGAACUGCGUACGCAGUCGCCUCAAUCAGAAUCGAGAAUCUCACAGGUGCUCCAGUGGCAGUCGCCAAGCUCCAACACGCUCGAGCAGGAACAAGGUUUGGCCUUGCUCUGUGAGGACACUGAAAAGGUGGCUCGAGCCAAGGUGGAUGCCGUCUUUCGCCAUCGGCAAAUCAUUGAAUAUGCGGAGCGAAUCCGUAUCGAGUUCGCGGUCCUUGUGCAAGACUUGAUUGAUGAGGCCACCAGGAAAGCCGCUCGCAUCGCCGAGGGGCGCUACAGCGAUUCCACCGAGGACGAACUCGAUGAGUCGCAGAUACCGUACACGGAGGAUGUCGAAGUGAGGAGCGAAGCCGAAGAGCCGCAGAGUCGCGGUGGCGACGAACAGUUUGAGAACACCAUGACCAGUCCGUCAGCUUUGGCUGCGGCGCUUCGUCAGGUCGACAUGUCUGGGGGGCUUGGACGCUCUCGCCCGACAUCCUUUGUGGGCUCCACUAGGUCUAGCAGUCCUAGAGAAUGUCCGACUCCCCGAUCCCAUCCCGGAGGGCUGAGCAUCCUGAGCCAGUCUCGAGAUUCGCGUCGGGGGUCGACUCUUCCUGUUGAGAGCGAGAUUGGCGAAAGCGAGGGAAGCCUACGGUCGUCGUCAGUGGCCUCGCGAGGGCACAACAGGACCGAGUCGCCCAUUUCCGAGUUUGGGGACCUCCGACGCGCAGCGAGCUCCAGGAGGCAUAGGCGGAGCUUGGUGAUCCCAGAUACGGCUUCCCCUCGACGGCAGGAGUCUCCGUCACGGAUGAUGACGCAGCCGUCCUCCCCCCUGAGAAUCAAGGCUCGUGUGAUACCCCAAGCGCACGAGAACAUUGCCUCGCCAGAGGCAUCACCCAUGUUCCCUAGCAGUGAGUUCAGCUCGCCUAUUACACAUCCAUCUAGACACCAUAGAAGACAGUCUUCCGCUGCCAUAUCCGACUUCGUAAUGAAGCCGCCGCCGUCCCCACGGCUCAAUGCCAACAACCAGCCGCCGCCGCAGCCGAGGUCGUCGCAGCCGUCGAUCAAAGAUUUCGAGAUCAUCAAGCCCAUCAGCAAGGGUGCUUUUGGCAGCGUCUAUCUCUCCAAGAAGAAAUCUACCGGAGAGUACUUCGCCAUCAAGGUGCUGAAGAAGGCCGACAUGGUUGCCAAGAAUCAAGUCGGUAACGUCAAGGCCGAGCGUGCCAUCAUGAUGUGGCAAGGGCAAAGCGAUUUCGUUGCGAAGCUGUACUGGACAUUUUCUAGCAAGGACUACCUGUACCUUGUUAUGGAGUAUCUCAACGGAGGUGACUGCGCCUCUCUCAUCAAAGUGCUGGGCGGGCUUCCCGAGGACUGGGUCAAAAAGUACAUUGCAGAGGUUGUCAUGGGAGUUGAGCAUCUCCACGAGCGAGGCGUCAUUCACAGAGACCUUAAGCCAGACAACCUAUUGAUUGAUCAAAAGGGCCAUUUGAAGCUGACGGAUUUUGGACUCUCGCGAAUGGGCUUGGUCGGCCGCCAGAAGAGAGCUCUGAACAGCGAUCACACGGAUUCUACGCCCGACCUGCUCAAGCAGGGGCCAUUCGCUCGUUCGACGUCCAUGGCAUCCUCACGAUCGACUUCACUGGACAUUCCAUCGCAUUCCCCCGGUGCAACCCCCCAAAUGACGCCAGACGUCGGCAGUAUAGGACAGCCAUCGUACUUCAGCCUUGGGCCUGCCCAGUCCGACCCCCGCCGCAUUUCGAACAGCCAUCGAAGCGACAGCGGUGGGAGCGAAACACUGAGCCGCAUGCUCACGACCUUCUCCAUUCAGGACUCCGAGGCCGGCUCUCAGCCACCGAGCGCCCGGCUCUUGAUGGACGAGGACGCCGUGAUUCACGGCUCACCAGACCUAACGCCGUAUCAGUCAACCACACGGUCCAGUAUGGACAGCCACGGCCGAAACUCCCUGCCCCCGCCGAACAUGAUGCCGCCUCCCAUGGCCCUGUUCGAUCCCGAGGACACGAAUCGUCGCUUUGUCGGAACGCCGGACUACCUCGCGCCGGAAACAAUCAAGGGUGACAAGCAGGACGAGACGAGCGAUUGGUGGUCUGUCGGAUGCAUCAUGUUUGAGUUCCUGUACGGGAUCCCGCCGUUCCAUGCCAGCGAAGCCGAGCAGGUGUUCGAGAACAUCUUGGCGCGCAGAAUCCAAUGGCCAGAUCCAGCAGAGUGUGAGCCCGUGUCUGACGAGGCCAAGGACUUGAUCAACAAGCUGCUGUGUAUGGACCCCCAGCAGCGCUUGGGGGCAAAUCGCGAAGAGAAGUAUGCCUCUGGUGGUGAGGAGAUUCGAAGCCACCCUUGGUUCAAGGGAGUCAAUUGGGACACUCUGCUAGAAGAUGAGGCCCAGUUUGUUCCUCAGCCAGAGAACCCUGAGGAUACUGAAUAUUUUGACUCGAGAGGCGCCGUCCUUCAAUCCUUCGUCGAGGAGAUGGAGGAUCAAAUGUCGCCGCAGUCGUCUACGACCGGGUCCAACGACUACGCGGACAGACCACACGACGCGCUUUCGCGAGUCCGCUCGCAGGUCAAUUCGGCGGGGAGAAAGCUGAUGCCACUUCACAUCCCCCCUCACGUGCGAGACCUCAAGUCACGGAGGCUGAGCGAGCCAAUUGCCGCCGAUGAUUUCGGCAGCUUCUCCUUCAAGAACCUCCCCGUGCUGGAAAAGGCGAACAAGGAUGUGAUACAGAAACUCCGAGCGGAGGCCUUGGCGGCACAGAGCAAGCAGUCGUCCGUUAGUCCCGGAGGUCUUGGUGGAAUGCCGUCUCCGGCACAGUCCCUCGAAGGCAGCCCCGUGGUAGCGACCCAUGUCCAGAGAACACUAUCCAACGCAAAGGGGCGUCCGCAAUCGCCAUCUGGUUUGAGCCUCGCAAACGCUUCUCCAAAUCGCAUGUCUCAGGUCAAUCAGCCUUCGCAACCAUCGUCUCCCUUGUUGGUUUCAUUCACGGCCGGACAGAUACAGCCCGAUGGCCGCAGGAAGGCAUCGAGCAACUCAUCCAGCCUUUCGUACCAAUCGACAUCCUCUUCCCUGCAGCCGAAUGCCGCCUUUGAGAUCCCAAAGGUCCCGCCUAGUUUGCAGAGGGCGGCAACAUCUGCGGCUGCGUCGCCGGUCAAACCCCGUGCAGGAAGCACGGUGCCGCCUCCGUUGGCGUUGUCGCCAGGAAAGGUAAUGGCAACACCUGUUCGCCAGGGAAGCACGUCUUCGACGAGCCGGUCGCGGUCCUUGACCGUGGGGUCACAGGAAGCCAGCCCCGUGGCCACGGACAUGCUUUCUCACCAUCACCGGAAUCGCCGUAGCCAGGUAUUUGACAUGUCCCCGUCAUCAUCUGAUAACGAGGGAGACAAGCACAAUGCUCUGCUGAGAGUCCAGAGGCGUCGGCAAAGCUCCCGACGGCUUUCCCAGAUUGCCUUUGACAACGGGCCGACCUUCCGACCCUUGGAUGUGCUGAUAUGUGAAGACCAUCCCGUGUCUCGAAUGGUGAUGGAGAAACUGCUUGAGAAGCUACGCUGCCGCACUAUUUCCGUGGCUAAUGGCUCGGAAGCAGUGCGGUACUCGAUGAGCGAGAUCAAGUUUGACAUCAUAUUCCUCGAAUACAGGCUUCCGCAGAUCAACGGCGCCGACGUGGCCCGUAUGAUUCGAGAGACCAAGAACGCCAACUCCCACACGCCGAUCGUAGCCAUCACGGCCUAUCUGAAGGAGCUGCAGGCACCGCACUACUUUGACUCGCUGAUCGAGAAGCCCAUCAGCUCUUCGAAGCUGACGGAGGUGCUCCGGAGUCUCUGCCAGUGGCAGCCCGAGUCUCCGCACAGGCCUGCCAUAUCGUCCAUGUCGCAGGCCAUCCCGCUCAACAUGAGGAGAGCGCAUCCACGCCCAAUGGACGAUAGCCCCACGUCGAGCAUAUCGGCCUUCACGGGCCGCCAGGGAUCGGCAAUGGUGUCAAGCCGGGAGGAUUCCAUCACAUCUAGCAUGUUUGGUGACUCGGAGUCUUACACCACGGAUGAGAUACCGGUCGUCAUCAGCCGCAAGGCAACCGGGGACUGGGAAGACAGCGGUGGUCUUGGCAUCACUGACAUGGACGCGACUACGGGAUUUGACCAUUCACCAAAGAGCAUCCCGUUGCUCCUGUGCCAGCAGUCGGCGCCGGCGCAUCUCGAGGCCAUGUCACGGGGCUUGGAUAGCCGGCUCAAAGUCAGACAGGACAUUUUCGAUAGGAAGCCUUCGGAGGGCACGGAGUCGGCGGAUGACGAAGAUGAAGAGCCCGAUGGCAGGAGAGACCUGCAUCUGAGGCGAGGCAGCAAGGCUGUGGCUGGCAAGGGCACGCUGCCGAGCUCCAAACUCGGCAUUGAGAUGAUGCGAGCGGACAGUCACGAUAGUGUCACCUUUUCCGACAGCACCUCGGAAGCCGUCACGCAGGUUGCAACGACACCUUCGCUCGAGCUGGAGAGGCAGUUGGUUGGUGCCGAUUUCGCGGCGGUGCAUAGCACGCCGGGCAGGAUCGAAGCGGCCGCCGGCGAGGACGACGAUUUCCUGGGCCCCGGAAGCACCGAGGCGACCCCAAGACCGCCCGCGGUCGGAACAAGCUCUGGGCGAGCUGAGAGCGGAAAUGCACUGGUGAGGAUACAACUGGACGAAGAACAAGAGGCGACGCCAAAGGCCUCGGGGAAAUAG